AAAGAGAAACUGCAUGCAGAGCUGAAACAGGUGCUGAGUCUGAAGAGAAGUCACCUGAAAGAGUCGUCUCGUUUGGCCCAAGCAGAGAUGGAUUCUUCAACAGACGCCCAAGCAGUGGAGACUGCAUCUGAGGAGGUGGAGGUUGUGGUAGAGACAGAGGCUGAGGCUGGAGCCAGUGGCUACAGUGUCACAGGUGGAGGGGAGCGAGGCCUCUUCAUUAAGGACGUCCUUAAAGACUCCACUGCAGCAAAGCAUCUUAGCCUCCAGCAAGGAGAUCAGUUGCUUAGUGCAAGAGUCUACUUUGACAAUGUGAAGUAUGAGGAUGCCCUGAAGAUCUUGCAGUGUGCAGAGCCUUAUAAAGUCUCCUUUUUCCUGAAGAGGACCAUCGCCGGCGCUGAUGUCACCAUGCACCCUGGCACCACCAGCUUGGAACUGAAAGGACCCAAAACCAAGAUGCAGAAAAUGAGUGUCAAGAGCAUCAAACCUUUCAAAGCGAAGAAAAAGAGGGGAGGACGUUUUGGAUUGAAAAGGCUGAAGGAAAACAAGAAAGGGAGCACUGGACCAGAGUUGGAGAUGGAGGGAUCGCCUUCCAAAGUGGAGCUCAACCCUGUCGACGUGGAGUUUGCCUUCCCCAAGUUCAAGCUGAGGAAGGAUGGGAAGGCAGAGGGAACUGAGCAGCAUGGAGGAUUGGGCGCCACUGGCAGGAAGAAGAGGAUGAUAAGGUGUCCCAGGAUGAACGCAAAGGGUGCUGAGGUGGCUACAGGAGAAGUUGACAUGACGCAACCAGAGGGACAGGCUGACGUCUCCCUGCCAGACGUGCCUGGAGCUAAGGUCAAAGUCAAAGGAAAGGGCCACAGGUUCGGAAUUCAUUUCCCUAAAACAAAAAAGACAACAUCGGACACUGCCUUGUCUGAAGGGUCUCUGGAGCUGAAACCUCCAGAUGUCAAAUUCACACCACCCUCAGUGGAAUUCAGUUCGCCAUCUGGGAACAAGGAAGUCAACCUACAGAAACCAGAAGUGAAAGUCAAGGAGGGGUCAAAGUUUAUGCACCGAGAGGUAGAGCUUUCACUAGGACUCCCCUCAGCCCGACCCUCUGAUGAAAUUGAUGGUGAGAUAAAAGAAAAAGGUUUAGCUGAAGGAGUUGAAGGGUCAACAGGCCUGCCUGGCAUUAACAUGCCAGCUAUUGACAUAUCUGCACCCAACAUCGAUCUGCAGCUGGACACCCGGAGUAGAGUGCCAGACGAGAUAGAGGGACCCUUUUUUAAAGGGCCAAAUAUAUCCAUGCCAAAAACUGACAUCUCACUACCAAAGAUUGGAUCAUCUGAUAUGCAUAUUGAAGGUCCAGAAAAGGGUGGAAAAAUUAGCCUACCAGCUGUUGACAUUUCACUGCCAAAGAUGACAUCAGGAGAAGCAAAUGUUGAUGUGGAAGGACACAUUGGAAAGGGAGGCAAGUUCAAAAUGCCAACUUUCGAUGUUUCUCUUCCAAAAUUCAAGUCUUCAGAGGAGGACAUGAAUAUAGAGGGGCCUGAAGUCAAAGGAGAGUUCAACAUGCCAAAAGUUGACCUUUUACGCCCGAAAGGUAAAGCGGGAGGUGAGGUGGACAUUGAAGGAUAUUUAGGAAAAGGAGGUACAUUUCAGAUGCCCACAUUUGACAAUUCUCUACCAAAAAUGAAGUCAUCAGACAGAGAAAUUAAUGUAGAAGGACCUGAAGUGAAGGGUGGCAAAAUUAAAAUGCCCUAUGCUGACAUAUCUCUCCCUAAAGGAAAAACAGAGGGGAAAAUGAACAUUGAGGGACAUUCUGGAAAAGGAGGCAAGUUCAAAAUGCCCUCGUGUGACGUUUCUCUUUCUAAAAUGUUGGGCAAUGCUAGUUUCGAGGGACCUGAAUUGAAAGGGGGAAAGUUAGAAAUGCCCACACUUGAUAUUUCCCUUGCCAGAGGAAAAGCAGAGGGUGAAGUCAAUAUUGAUUCAAAUGUAGGAAAAGAAGGAAUGCUCAAAACGCCCACAAUUGACAUUCCUCCUCCAAAAAUGAGGUCGUCAGGAACAGAAGUCGAUGUAAAAGGGCCUGAUGUAAAAGGAGGAAAGUUCCACAUGCCACAAGUAGACAUUUCACUUCCCAAAGGAAAAAGCGAAAUUGACAUGGAGGGAAAGUCUGAAAAAAGAGGGAAGAUUCAAAUGUCCUCAUUUGAUGUCUCACUUCCAAAAAUAAAGUCAGCAGAGGGUGACAUGAAAAUAGAAGGAUCUGAUGUGAAAGGCAUCACAUUUCAUAUGCCCACUAUAGAUUGUUCACUUCCAACAGGAAAAACAGAAGUUGACAUCAGUGUUGAAGGAGAAGCAUCUAAAGGCGGAAAGUUUCACAUGCCUUCGCUUGAUACUUCUCCUCCGACAGUGAAGUUCCCAGAGGGUAAAGCGAAAGUAAAAGGCCCUGAAAUCAAAGGGGGAAAGGUCGAGAUAACAAAUAUCGAUGUGUCCCUUCCAAAAGGCAAAACAGCGGGAGAAGUUAACGUUGAAGGCCAUGUCAGUAAAGGGGGAAAGUUUAAGAUGCCCAAAUUUGGCAUUUCUUUCCCAAAAUUUAAGUCGCCAGAGGUUAAGGUCAACACAGAAGGACCUGAAGUCAAAGGAGGGAAGUUUCACAUGCCUAAAAUUGACAUUUCACUACCAAAAGUAAAAACGGAAGGUGACAUCAAAGUUGAAGGAGAUUCUGACAUUUCCCUUCCAAAAAUGAAGUCACCAGAAGCAGAUAUCCUUUUAGAAGGACCAGACCUUAAAGGAGGAAAGUUUCAUGUGCCAACAAUUGACCUUUCCCUUACAAAAGGAAAGGGAGAAAUUGACACUGAAGAACAUUCUGGAAAAGGAGGCAAGUUUCAAAUGCCAGCAUUUGAUAUAUCACUUCCAAAAAUGAAGACACCAGAUGGUGAAGUCAGCCUAGAAGGCCCUGAAGUCAAAGGGGGGAACAUUGAUAUGCCAACGAUGAACAUUUCUCUUCCAAAAGGAAAAAUGGAAGGAGAAGCUAAGGAACAUGCAAUCAAAGGGGACAAGUUUCACAUGCCCUCAGUUGACAUUUCCCUUCCAAAAAUGAAGUUGCCUGAAGGUGAAGUCAAAGUAGAAGGCCCCGAAGCCAAAGGGGGAAAGAUUGAAAUGCCAUCGACUGAUAUUUCACUUCCCAAAGGAAAAAUGGAGGGAGAAAUUGACAUUGAAGAACAUUCUGGAAAAGGAGGACGAUUUCAUAUGCCUACAUUUAACGUUUCCCUUCCAAAAAGGAAUUCACUAGAAGAAUAUGUCAGUUUAGAAGGACCGAGUGUCAAAGGAGGGACGUUUCAUAUGCCCACAAUGGACUAUUCCCUUCCCAAGGGAAAGGGUGAGAUUGAAACUGAAGGACAUUCUGGAAAAGGAGGCAAGUUCCAAAUGACCAAGUUUGAUGUAUCGCUACCAAAAAUGAAGCCCCGAGAGGGUGACAUCAAACUAGAGGGACCGGAAGGCAAAGGCAGUAAAAUACAUAUGCCUAACAUUGAUAUUUCUCUUCCUGAAGGGAAAACUGAAAGAGAUAUUGAGGUUGAGGGGCAUGGUGGCAAAGGUGGGAAGUUUCACAUGCCCUCAAUUGACAUUUCCCUUCCAAAAAUGAAGUUGCCUGAAGGUGAAGCCAAAGUAGAAGGUCCAAAAGCCAAAGGGGGAAAGAUUGAAAUGCCAAAGAUUGAUAUUUCACUUCCAAAAGGAAAAACAGAAGGGGAAAUAGACAUUGAAGGACAUUCUGAGAAAAAAGGAAAGUUUCACAUGCCCACAUUCGACAUGUCCUUACCAAAAAUGAAGUCAAAAGAUGGUGACAUUAAAUUAGAGGGUCCAGAAGUGAAAGGAAGUAAAAUACAUAUGCCUAAUAUUAACAUUUCUCUUCCAGAGGUGAAGGCAGAAAGUGAUAUUGAGGUUGAGGGGCAUGGUGGUAAAGGGAGAAAGUUUCACAUGCCCUCAGUUGACAUUUCUCUUCCAAAAAUGAAGUUACCUGAGGGUGAAGUCAAAGUAGAAGGCCCCGAAGCCAAAGGUGGAAAGUUUGAAAUUCCAACAAUUGAUAUUUCACUUCCAAAAGGAAAAGCAGAGGGAGAAACUGACAUAGGACAUUCUGGAAAAAGAGGAAAGUUUCAUACGCCCAAGUUUGAUGUAUCGCUACCAAAAAUGAAGCUCCCAGAGGGGGACAUCAAACUAGAAGGACCGGAAGUCAAAGGCAGUAAAAUACAUAUGCCUAACAUUGAUAUUUCUCUUCCUGAAGGGAAAACUGAAAGAGAUAUUGAGGUUGAGGGGCAUGGUGGCAAAGGGGGGAAGUUUCACAUGCCCUCAAUUGACAUUUCCCUUCCAAAAAUGAAGUUGCCUGAAGGUGAAGUCAAAGUAGAAGGCCCUAAAACCAAAGGGGUAAAGAUUGGAAUGCCAUCGACUGAUAUUUUACCACCCAAAGGAAAAAUGGAGGAGGAAAUUGACAUUGAAGGACAUUCUGGUAAAGGAGGACGAUUUCCUAUGCCAACAUUCAACAUUUCCCUUCCAAAAAUAAAGUCACCAGAACCAGAUGUCAGUUUCGAAAAACCAGACCUCAAAGGAAAAAAGUUUCAUAUGCCAAAAAUAGACUUUUCCCUUCCCAAGGGAAAGGGUGAGAUUGACACUGAAGGACAUUCUGGAAUAGGAGGCAAGUUCCAAAUGCCAGCAUUGGAUAUAUCACUUCCAAAAAUGAAGACACCAGAAGCGGAAGUCAGCCUAGAAGGCCCUGAGGUGAAAGGUGGAAAGUUUCAAAUGCCAAAGAUUGAUAUUUCACUUCCAAAAGGACAAACAGAAGGGGAAAUAGAUACUGAAGGACAUUCUGAGAAAAAAGGAAAGUUUCACAUGCCCACAUUCGACAUGUCCUUACCAAAAAUGAAGUCAAAAGAUGGUGACAUUAAAUUAGAGGGUCCAGAAGUGAAAGGCAGUAAAAUACAUAUGCCUAAUAUUGACAUUUCUCUUCCAAAGGUGAAGGCAGAAAGUGAUAUUGAGGUUGAGGGGCAUGGUGGUAAAGGGAGAAAGUUUCACAUGCCCUCAGUUGACAUUUCUCUUCCAAAAAUGAAGUUACCUGAGGGUGAAGUUAAGUUAGAAGGCCUUGAAGCCAAAGGUGGAAAGUUUGAAAUUCCAACAAUUGAUAUUUCACUUCCAAAAGGAAAAGCAGAGGGAGAAACUGACAUAGAAGGACAUUCUGGAAAAGGAGGAAAGUUUCAUACGCCCAAGUUUGAUGUAUCGCUACCAAAAAUGAAGCUCCCAGAGUGGGACAUCAAACUAGAAGGACCGGAAGGCAAAGGCAGUAAAAUACAUAUGCCUAACAUUGAUAUUUCUCUUCCUGAAGGGAAAACUGAAAGAGAUAUUCAGGUUGAGGGGCAUGGUGGCAAAGGGGGGAAGUUUCACAUGCCCUCAAUUGACAUUUCCCUUCCAAAAAUGAAGUUGCCUGAAGGUGAAGUCAAAGUAGAAGGUCCAAAAGCCAAAGGGGGAAAGAUUGAAAUGCCAAAGAUUGAUAUUUCUCUUCCAGAGGUGAAGGCAGAAAGUGAUAUUGAGGUUGAGGGGCAUGGUGGUAAAGGGAGAAAGUUUCACAUGCCCUCAGUUGACAUUUCUCUUCCAAAAAUGAAGUUACCUGAGGGUGAAGUUAAGUUAGAAGGCCUUGAAGCCAAAGGUGGAAAGUUUGAAAUGCCAAAGAUUGAUAUUUCACUCCCAAAAGGAAAAGCAGAGGGAGAAACUGACAUAGAAGGACAUUCUGGAAAAGGAGGAAAGUUUAAAAUGCCCAAGUUUGAUGUGUCACUACCAAAGAUGAAGCACCCAGACGGCGAUGUCAAAGAAGGCCUUGAAGUCAAAGGUGGGAAGUUUGAAAUGCCCAAAAUUGAAGCAGAGGGUAGGAGUGGAGUCAAGUUACCAACUGUUAAACUGCCAACGGUAGACAUAUCUGCACCGAAGGUUGACUUAGACUUUGGGCUGUCAAAAGCUAAAGGAGAUGAUAGGGAAGAGAUGGAGCUACUAAAAGCAGAGGGUGGUAGGCCAUCCUCUGGGUCAAGUUUUGACAUGCCAGAUGUCUCUCUCAAAAUGCCAAGAUUUUCUCUCCCUAAAUUUGGUAGAAAGUCUAGUGGAAAUGUAAACCUAGAAGGAUAUGGCACAGAGGACGAUAUUGAUAUUAGCCCCCCACGAGUGGAUGGUGAGGGCAGACCAGCAUCAGUGGAAAUAGGCGGAGAUGGAACAAUAAAAGGUAAACUAAGGAAGCCCAAAAUUAAAAUGCCAACUUUUGGAAUAUCUAAGAAAGAUGUAUCAAUAGCCAGCCCUGAUGUGGAAAUCAAGACAGAAAAGGGGAAAGUUGACAUUCCAACGCCAGGGAUCAGUGUAGAAAAUCCAGCAGACAAAACAAAUAGAAAAUAUAGACUAAAAUUCCCAAAGUUUAAGAAGUCAUCUCCUAAAGGUAAACUACCAGAGGGAGAGAUAGAUGCCUCAUUGGAUAGUGGAAUGGAAGGGAAAGCUGGCUUUCAUGCACCUGAUGUUACAAUCAAAAUGCCCAAGUUCUUCAUGCCAGGGUUUGGCUCAAAGGAGACAGACUUUGACAGGAGUGGGAAAAGUGCUGAACUAGAAGCUAAAGGAAAGGUCAAAAUGCCAUCAGUGGAGAUAUCCUUGCCAGCUGCCAAGACAUCUGAGCAAGAAAUGUUAAUCCCAGAUGUAUCUGAGGCUGACAUCAGUGGUUAUGAAGGAAACCUGAAAAUCCCUAAAAUGCCAACUAUUGAUGUAUCAGCCCCCCAUAUUGAUCUAGAUGUAACUCUGCAUAAAGUCAAGCAUGAAACAAACAUUGACGGGGAGGGAGGCAAAUUUAAAAUGGCAAACAUCAAAAUGCCUGAUAUAGAUGUAUCACAUCCUAUAGGAAAAACUGGUGACAUUGAUGCAUCCAAAGUGAAACUUGAGGGAGGGGGUGGAAAAUUCAAGAUGCCUGGCAUUAAAAUGCCAAAGGUAGACAUAUCACUUCCAAAAGUAAAACAUGGAGAAAUUGAUGUAUCCACGGUGGAAAUUGAAGGAGAAUGUGGAAAAUUCAAGAAGCCACAUAUGGAAAUGCCAAAUUUUGAUAUAUCACUUCCCAAAGGAAAAAGUGGAGGGAUUGAAGGGCCAAAGAUGGAAAUUGAAGGAGGGGGCGGAAAUUUCAAAAUGCCACAUAUGAAAAUGCCAAAGGUAGACUUCUCACUUCCAAAGGGAAACCAUGGAGACAUCAGUGCACCAGAAAUGGAAGGAGAAGGUGGAAAAUUCAAGAUGCCAUAUAUGAAAAUGCCAAAUAUUGAUAUAUCACUUCCGAAAGGAAAAAUUGGAGACAUUGAAGGACCACAAAUUAAAAUUGAAGGAGGGGAUGGGAAAUGUAAGAUACCACAUAUGAAAAUGCCAAAUGUAGACAUAUCACUUCCAAAAGGAAAAAGUGGAGAUAUUGAAGGACCAGAAAUAGAAAUGGAAGGACGAAAAUUCAAGAUGCCACAUAUGAAAAUGCCAAAUGUUGAUAUAUCACUUCCAAAAGGAAAAAGUGUAGAAAUUGAAGGACCAGGGAUGGACAUUGAAGGAGGGGGUGGAAGAUUUAAGAUGCCACAUAUGAAAAUGCCAAAGGUUGACAUAUCACUUCCAAAAGGAAAAAGUGGAGAUGUUAAUGCAUCUGUAUUGGACAUUGAAGGAGAAGGUGGAAAAUUCAAGAUGCCACAUAUGAAAAUGCCAAAUGUUGAUAUAUCACUUCCAAAAGGAAAAACUGGAAACAUUGAAGGACCAGAAAUGGAAAUUCAUGGAGAGGGAAGACAAUUCAAGAUGCCACAAAUUCAAAUGCCAAUGGUAGACUUAUCACUUCUGAAGGGAAAGUCUGGAGACAUCAGUGCACCAGAAAUGGAAAUGGAAGGACGAAAAUUGAAGAUGCCACAUAUGAAAAUGCCAAAUGUUGAUAUAUCACUUCCCAAAGGAAAAGGUGGAGAAAUUGAAGGACCAGAGGUGGAGAUUGAAGGAGAGGGUGGGAAAUUCAAGAUGCCACAUAUGACAACACCAAAUAUUGGUAUAUCACUUCCAAAAGGAAAAACUGGAGACAUUGAAGGAUCAGAAAUGGAAAUUCAUGGAGAGAGAGGAAAAUUCACGAUGCCACAUAUUAAAAUGCCAAAUAUUGGUAUAUCACUUCCAAAAGGAAAAACUGGUGUUGUUCAUGAACCUAAUUUGGAAAUUGAGGGAAAUGGAGGAAAAUUCAAGAUGCCACAUAUGAAAAUGCCAAAGGUAGACUUAUCACUUACGAAGGGAAAGUCUGGAGAAAUCAGUGCACCAGAAAUGGAAAUGGAAGGAGGUGGAAGAUUUAAGAUGCCACAUAUGAAAAUGCCAAAGGUUGACAUAUCACUUCCAAAAGGAAAAACUGGAGAGAUUAAAGCACCAGAGAUGGAAAUUCAGGCAGAGGGAGGAAAAUUCAAAAUGCCAAAGGUAGAUAUAUCCCUUCCGAAAGGAACGUUUGGAGAAAUUAGAGCACCAGAAAUGGAAGUCGAAGGAGGAAAAUUCGAGAUGCCACAUGUGAAAAUGCCAAAGGUAGACAUAUCACUUCCAAAAGGAAAAAGUGUAGAUGUUAAUGCACCUGAAUUGGAAAUUGAAGGUGAGGGUGGAAGAUAUAAGAUGCCAGAAAUCAAACUGCCAAAUAUAGAUAUUACAUUGCCAAAGGGAAAAUCUGCUGACAUUAAUGCUGAAAUCAAAAAGCCCAACGCUGAGGCAGCAGCAAAGAUUCAAAUGCCUUCGAUUGGCUUACCAAAGUUUACAACUCUCGACCUUGAUUUGGACAUGAAUGUUGGAAAACCCAACCAUGGAGCUGAGGUUCAUGAGAAUAGUUCAGACAAAACUGGUUCCCAUUCAAAGGGAGACCAUAAGAUGAAAAUCAAAAUGCCAACAAUAGACAUAGAGUGCCCAAAAGGAGAUCUGGAGCUCGAUAUAGGCUUCCACAAAGUUGAGGGAAAGAAAGACAUAAAAAUAAUAGAGUUGCCUGACUUAGACCUUAAAACUUCUGGUACCAAAGUUAAGGGGCCAAAAGUCAAAGGCACCAAAUUCAAAAUUGGAAUGCCAAAAAUGAAGAACACUGGAGAUCAAGCAUUAGAUGCAGCCACAAAGAAGACUGAGAAAGAGAAUGAAGGGGUCAGUGGUAGAUUUAUGAUUAAGAGGACAAAGCUUGGCAAAGGUGCAGAUGUGGAGGCAGAUGCGGGGGCAGGUGGUUCUGUGUUGCCAAACAUCUUCCUCCCAGAUGUGGGCUUCUCAGUAUCCAAAGGAGCCAGCCAAGAGGGUGAACCUCAUGGUCCAGAGAUUAGUGCCAAAUUGCCAAAAUUCAAACUCCCUAAUGUGGAGAUCUUAGGUCCUUCAGUAGCAGGCCAAGGAGGAGCACAGAUCAACAGCGGACAACAAGAAGACAAAGGUGGUAUCAAGUUUCAAAUGCCUGUGGGGCUGAAGAGUAAACAAGGCCCUGCCGAGUCCACUGGCACAGAUGCCAGCACCGAGAAUGGAUUCACAUUACCUCAUCUUGGAAUCAAAUCCCCCAAAAUACCAGAUACAGACUUUGAUAUUGGAGCAUCUCAAACUGGGGACCAUGGGGCAGAUACAAGUACGAGACAAAAAAUGAAAAUACCCAAGUUCGGGGUGGCUUUACCUGAUAUUUCUUCACCUGGAGCCAGAGUACAUUUGAAGGACCCAGAUGUUGAGUGUGAAGGCCCUAAAAUGCCCAAAGUUAAAAAAGCUGUAUUUGUUUUGGUGAAUCCCCAAACAGACCACUCCACUAUGUCCACCAGUGUAGAGUCUGGAGAGGCAAAAAUCAAAAUGCCAAAGAUCAAAAUGAAGCCAUCGUUUGGAAAGUCAGGAUCCAAGGAAAACAGUGCUGCUUUGAGCAUUGAAGGAGAUGUGGAUGGAGCAAAGCUAAAAAUGCCCAAAGUCACCUUCUCUCCGGGCAAAACAGGUUCAUUUGAUGUAACCCUAAAAGGUGAGGGGUCAAGUUCCAGCCUCAAUGGUGAGAAAGAUCCAACAUUCCAGAAUGAAUCCAAGGAGGAUAAAGUUAAGUUAGGGAAGCUCAAGCUUCCAAAGAUAGAGUUCUCCUCGCCAUAUUCAAUAAUAGGCAGUGGAGAAGAGGACCUUGAAAUGAGUGCUAAGCUUGUCAAUGAGUCCCCAGGAACUGACAGAGAAACCGAGGGGACGAAAGUGAAAUUAGGCAAAAUGUCCUUCCCGGGAUUUAAGAAGAAGACGGCAAAAGGAGAGGAGGAAACUCAAGAUAAUGUGGUGUCCUCAUCGGCCAGGACAGAAAUGCUAAAUCGGGAUAGUUCAGAAUCCCAAACGCCCAUGGUCUCCAUUGGUUUUGUACCAGGGAAGUCUAGGGGGCAGGCAGUGGCUGAGAGCAGCAAAAAGGAGAUGGAAGAAGGAGAGCAGUCAACCUGGUUCAAGGCCCCCAAAUUCAACCUGAAACCCCACUCGACAGGAAUCCUCCACAUUACACCAGAAGGUUCUCCCCAGGGUAGCAGAUCAUCGCUCCAGUGCCAGGGUUUAGAUGAAACUGCUGGUACCUUCCGGCUCCAGAUGCCAAGCAUGCGGUUCUCCACCCACGAGGUGUCUGAGGAGAAUGUUACUACAACAAAGAAGGGAACAGUAACCGUGGUGACAAAGACAACAAAACAUACGGUAACAGAGUCCAGAACUGGUCAAACCCACACAUCGCUAUCCCAUUGUAAUGACUAAAGUCCGAAGAGAUGUGAGAGUAAUAUAUUUUUCCUCUGUCCUGUUGUGACGACUGUUUUUGUGAUUGUUCCACCACGUUUUUUCCCUUCUAUUUUAGUCUUUAUCAUAUUUGAUGGUUUUACUGGUUUAAAUCUGAAUAUCAAUUAAUUAUGUAUUGUUGUUCAUAUAUUUUUUGGGGGGCAAAAAUACCACACAUUUUAAUAUCCAAAAGGAAAUGUCUUUUUUCAAUGCCUUCCCAUUUGAUUUACCGACAUUUACCUGGGCAUGAUUGUAGAAUUAGACUGACAAAGAACACAAACCAAUUUAUCAAAAGCAAUUUGUAUGUAAAUACAAAAACAUGUCAUUAUUUUCAUAUUACCAAUGAUAGGAAUAGUAACACGGACAUUAGUGAUUUGUGUUAAUAUAUCUGAGGCUUGAGGAUGUGGUUUAAUUAUUUACUUUCUUAAGCUUGUUUUUUCUUUCUGAUAUAUUAAGAUUUUUUAAAUUAUACCAUACAUUGAAAUGUAAUAUUAAAGGCUUCUACAGUGCAAUACAUUUCAACACUCUCUAUGAGAAUCAAGAUAAAAUAAUAGGAAACUAUCAUCUGAUAUUAAGGUUAAUGGUUUAAAGAAACAGAACAUGUACUCUCUUUAAUUGAAAUAUUUAAAAAUUAAUGCAAAACCUCUCAGACAAAACAAUGUCUCAAUGUCUCCAUUGAGACAGUUUAUUGUUCCUUUUCUUUUUUGGUGAAUUAGAAAGUAGAAAUUUAAUGUGUGUGCUAAACUGCAUUGGACGAGUCUCAGCAAUCCUCUGUCAAACAAGUUUACAAGUUUUCAUUAACCAGAUUUAACAUCUGUUGGAGCAAAUAACCAUAUAGAAAUAACCAUAUAGAAUGGUACAUGACAAGGAGAGAACAUGACCAGAUAACACAGCAUUUAUAUGUAUAGAGACAUUUUUACAAAUACCUUUGUGAUUAGCAUGUUUUCAGUGCAUAUGGCUUCACAAUAUGCAGUUUUCAAAGCAACGUGUUAUCAAGUGGCAUUAUAAAUAAUGUUGUUAAGAGAUCAUAUUAUUAAUAAACCUUAAUAUUCCUAAGAAAAUGU